AUGCGAUUCGGGCUCGGCAAGAAGUCAGCGGGCGCCAAGGCGGCCGUCGACGAACCAGAUCCUACGACGGCUCAGCACGAGAAACCGUCUGGCCACGACGACAUCGCCGUGGCCGCAGAGCAAACCCAGAGCAAGGGGCAAAAUGACAUGUCCAAGACGGUGUCGAGAGCGUCGACGACCCAUGAGUACCCGCAGGGACUCCGUCUCGGGCUGCUCAUGCUGUCGGUUUUCAUGAGCAUGUUCUUGGUUGCUCUGGACAGACUGAUUAUUUCAACGGCUAUUCCUCAGAUCACAGAUGACUUCAAGUCGCUGCAGGACGUCGGCUGGUAUGGAAGCGCAUACCUGCUGACAACCUGUGCCUUCCAGCUGAUGUUCGGAAAACUCUACUCCUUCUUCUCGAUCAAGGCCGUCUUCCUGGCGACCGUCGUCAUCUUUGAAAUCGGAUCCGCCAUCUGCGGUGCUGCCCCGAGCUCGAACGUUUUCAUCGUUGGACGGGCCAUCUCUGGAGUUGGUGCCGCCGGUAUAUUCUCCGGUGCUAUCAUCAUCAUCGUCUAUGCCGUCCCACUCCACAAGCGACCGUUGUUCCAGGGACUCUUUGGAGCCGUGUUCGGUCUGGCAUCCGUCGUGGGUCCGCUGGUUGGAGGUGCCUUCACGUCGAACGUGACGUGGCGAUGGUGUUUCUACAUCAACCUUCCCAUCGGUGGCGUGGCACUUGUUGUCAUCGGCUUCCUGCUCCAGAUACCCGACAGAGAAGAGACUAAACUGCCUCUGAUGGCGAAGCUAGCACAGCUCGACGCGGUUGGUACGACACUGUUGAUUCCCGGCGUGGUUUGCCUCCUGCUGGCUCUUCAGUGGGGAGGGCUGGACUAUGCUUGGAGCAAUGGCCGCAUCAUCGCCCUGCUGACCCUCGGCGGCGUGCUUCUCCUGGCAUUCUGUGCCGUCCAAGUCUUGAUGCCGAAAACCGCGACCAUCCCACCCCGUAUCCUCAAGCAGCGCAGUAUCCUCGCUGGUUUCUGGGCCACCGUCUGUAUCGGAUCCCAGAUGAUGAUCUUUGUUUACUUUUUGCCCAUCUGGUUCCAGGCCAUCAAGGAGGUGUCUGCCGUCGACUCUGGUAUCCGCCUGCUUCCCUUGACCCUGUCAAUGGUUGUGGCGUCCAUGAUGACAGGCAUUCUAACUUCCAAAAUUGGCUACUACACACCGUUCUUGCUUGCUGGCACGUGCCUGUUGGCGAUCGGUGCCGGACUCCUGACCACUCUGCAGACCGAUACCGAGCAACCCAAGUGGCUCGGAUAUCAAGUCAUCUACGGAUUUGGAAUGGGCCUGUCAUUCCAGGCGCCUAACCUGGCUGCUCAGACUGUGCUGCCCAACAGGGAUGUCCCGAUUGGAUCGUCGCUCAUGUUCUUCAGCCAGCUGCUUGGAGGCGCCAUCUUCAUCUCGGUGGGCGAGAACGUCCUCAACACGCAACUUGUCGAGAGGCUCAGCAGCCUGCCCAACUUCAACAUUGGCCUCGUGAUCAACAACGGGGCCACGACGCUAAGCAGUUCGGUUCCUCCGGAGCUGCUGGGCGCCGUCCUUUCGGCAUACAACGAGUCGUUGCGGAAGGUGUUCCAGAUCGGCUUGAUCAUGUGCUGCCUGACCAUCCUGGGUUCGAUCGCCAUGGAAUGGAGGAGCGUCAAGGAGAAGAAGCCCACCAAGGUGGCCGAUGCCGAGAAAGGAAAGACGGACACAGACGCUGGCGCAAAGUCGGACGCAGAGACGACGAUUGAGACGGAUGGGACGCUGAGGGAGACCGCAGCCGCCGCUGAGCCGGUGCCCGUUCAGACGAAUAAGGAGACUGCGUGA